GUGGGUAGGAAGCUAGGGUUAGAGGCAAGCCGUGAGGCUAGCACCCCGAGCGUGAUCGGUUGGAGCAAAUAUGUCUGUCCGGAGGCACAUUGGGAAUCCUGAGUAUCUGACCAAAAGGAUACCACAAAACCCAAGGUAUCAGCAUGUCAAGUCAAGACUGGACACUGGUAACAGUAUGACAAAAUACACUGAGAAGCUAGAAGAGAUCAAAAAAAAUUAUAGAUACAAAAAAGAUGAACUUUUCAAGAGACUAAAAGUUACCACUUUUGCCCAGCUGGUAAGUGUAAUGAUCUUGCUUUGCUUCCUAUCUGAUCAAACACUGGAAGUGACAGCUGAGGAGAUUCAAAGGCUGGAAGACAAUGACUCUGCAACUUCAGACCCUGAUGGUGAAAUCACUAACAGGACCAACGGGAAAGGGAGCCCCGUUGAGCAGUCACCCAGCCCUGUCCAAUUCAUCAACAGCGCGGGAGCAGGGGAUUCCAGUCGCUCCACUCUCCAGAGUGUCAUCAGCGGUGUUGGGGAACUGGAUCUAGACAAAAGGCUAGUGAAGAAAUUAGAGCCGAGCACCAAAGACAAGCCUUAUCCUGACUGCCCCUUCCUGCUACUAGAUGUGCGUGAUAGAGAUUCUUACCAGCAGUGCCACAUCAUUGGAGCCUACAGUUACCCAAUUGCAACUCUGUCCAGAACAAUGAACCCCUAUUCAAAUGAUAUUCUCGAAUAUAAAAAUGCCCAUGGCAAGAUCAUCAUUCUGUAUGAUGACGAUGAGAGACUGGCCAGUCAGGCGGCCACCACUAUGUGUGAGCGUGGGUUUGAAAACCUCUUCAUGCUUUCUGGAGGUCUGAAAGUCUUAGCUCAGAAAUUCCCAGAAGGACUGAUUACUGGUUCCCUGCCAGCCUCUUGCCAGCAGGCCCUUCCUCCUGGUUCUGCCCGGAAACGGUCCAGCCCCAAAGUGCCGCCCCCGCCAGCAGAAAACAAAUGGAGAUUUACCCCAGAAGACUUAAAAAAGAUAGAGUAUUAUCUGGAAGAGGACCAGGGUCCUUCAGACAACCCUAGCCGACUGAUCCAAAGUAACUUCUGCGGAAGAGACUCCAAGGUGCCUGUUGCCCGCAGUGGUCAGAACCUACCCGCCGGGGCCCCUGGCGGCCACUUGAACCCCCGUGCACUCAGCAGUGGCCACCCACAAGGCAAACCCUGGAAGUAGACUUUGUCUUGCUUAGUCAAAUAAAUGUUUCCCCUCCUUUCGGGCCCCCAAGCAGUUCCCAAGUUGGUCAUUUUCAGAAAGUGCUGUAGAAGAAAAAUGGUGAGGUGGGAUAGGCCCUUUUCCUUCCCUGUCUCCAUCCAUCUCCUCUCCCUUCAGCCAGCUCCGGAAGGAUUUUGACAGAUGACCGCAAAAACCAGAAGCGUGACAGGCUCUAGUGUCCUCCCUGUGUUUACAGUAUAUGUAAGUCUUUUGAGACUGAAUAGGAAAAAAAUAAUCCCCUGUCUCCCCCUUUCAAAAAAAAACAAUAAGGUCCAGCUUGUUUGGUCUAUACCCAGUGUUUUGUAAAUACUUUUGUCACAUCUGCUGGUGUGUUCUAUCCAACCAGGUUUUUUCGCUUACUAUUGAUUUCCUGGAAGAUUGUCCAGGUGGGCUUGGCGUGGGCCUCUGUCCCCUGGGGUGUGGAUGAUCCUGUUCUGCAGCCACAGGCCCCACACCAGGCGCAGGUGCUAGCUGAGGCGCUCCGCCCAGCAUGCUGCAGGCUCUGUUGAGUUAGGAGGCCUGUCCUGUGAGCCUGGCUCAGUUUUACAGUUUAGUAGAGAAGCUCUGCACUUACUGAGUGCUCUCCUCAUUAAAUGGUUUCCUGGGGCCAGAAAGGGGGUGGUUAGCUGUCAUCACACUGGGAGGAAGGCAUCACACAGGAUACCCUGGCCAUGGUACAGGCCUGUGCUGAGAGUCCCUAGAAGCCCACCACAGCUCUCCCUCAAUGGUUGGUAUCACUGUUGUAAAUUUCCAUUGCCCAACUCAAGUUCAUCCAUGUCAGAUGGGUAGAAAUCAUGGCCACUUAAAAAUGUGAGCUUUGCUCAGGCACCUGGGGACCGCACAAGGUGAGGAGGACUCUAGAGUCCUUUGUCAGGGCUGACAACCUCUUAAGCCCUUGCUUAAAAAUACAGUAUUAGUCUAAUUGAGUAAUUAGUGCAAUUUCCUGCUUACCUUUCAUGCUCAUGACUGAGCUGUGAUUAGGAGGUUGUGAUUAUAGAUUCUGGUUUUGGCCGGAAUUUUGAAUCAGCAUUAAUUGAAUUGCUAGAUGACUGACGUUCUGUUUAAUUGGGGGAACAAAAGAUCUCAGGUAAGGAUGAACUCUGAAAUCAUACGAAAAGGAAAAGAGCCUUGUUAAUUUUUAUGGCCUGUGAUCGUAGCUGUGAUAAGGGACUAAGGAAUAAAUUGUGCUCUUUGUCAUGGCAACCAGCUUUGAAAAGCCCACUGAAAAUUGCCCAUCCUUAGGUGGCUGUCGCUGCUCUGUGAGACUUGCCUUAACAGUACUAUUUUCUUGCCACCAAAAAGAGAAAAAAAGCACCACAGUAUUUCUAGCAUGAGGGCUGUGUUUGUAAGAGAAAUAAACGUAAUAAAUAUCGCAUGGAGACAUAUGGAAAAAUAACUCAGAUUCAGCCCAGCUCUGUUUCAGAAUGUGUUUAUUCUUCUCUACUUGAUUUCCAAAGUGCAACAUUUUCCGAUGCUUUAGAAAUCAAACAAACCAGGGACAUUGUUCAGAUGUCAAGCCGUGCCCAAUUUUCCACAAGAUUCAAGAAUCUUGUAUAAAAUUCAGCCAACAUACACAUAGCUUUAAUGAGGAGCCUGUCAUGUUUCCCCAUAAAUUUAUUGCCUGAGAACUUAGUUCAGCCUUUCACUAAUGCCAAAAUGCUCUGGCUUUUAUUUUCUUUACAACAUAGAUAGAAAAAUGCAAAUUUUUCACACUCAGCUUUCCCCUAGUAUAGACAGGAUUUUCAGCCAUCUUUGAUGUGUAUAUGUUUUUAAGGAAAAGUGUUUUUCUAUGAAACAAAGUUCUUGUUAUGCCAUUUUAAAGCUGGCUAGUCAGGAGAUUAGACCUCCCCACCCAAUGUACUUUGAAAGUAAAGGAUCGUUCCCCACAGAUACUAGUGUUAGAAACUGUUGUAGAUAGUGUGGAAAGCCAUUUCAGCCAAGCUUUCAGAUUGCUGUGUG